CUAGCAAAAGCUUAAAAAGACCACAGUUCUUGCCCUGGGCUCGAAGACGUUUUCAAGCAUCAUAAGACGUCCUGUCGUCAAUCGGCAUCCAGUGCUGUCUUGGUUCUUUGCUCUUUUUCUUUUUUUCUUCUUCUUCUUUUGGUUUUGGGACACCCCGCAUUCCGAAGCACAACAAGCAAACGCUGCGGCUGAGAAGUCACUUCGGAUUCGGCUGGCAGCUGGGCUGUAGACAAAUACCACAAACCUGCCAGAAUAAGGUAGCUACGCGAUAUGUCGCUGCAGGUGGACGACGGCAGCCGUCGUGGCCGCUCCCGCUCUCCCGGGCGUCGCGGGGCAGAUGAGGACGGGGGGCGCGACCGAAGCCGUACCCGUGCCUCGCCCAACGUGGUCGAGGUUCCGUACCCGGGCUCCACCGACUCGUUGCGGGGGGACCCGGCCUCUGCGGCCUACGAGUAUGAGCGCCUGUCGAGAUGGCCGGCCGGUACCGACGCCGCUGCGGGCUACUAUCCACCACCGCGCGGGAAGCCGGCCGACGACCGCGACGACCCUUACGCCCAGGCGCGGCGCGAGGUCGACUACGGCUACGAGAGGGACGGGCCGCGCGACCGGGAAAGCGACUCGGACCGCGACAGGGGCCGCCAGCGCCCGGACCUGUACCUGCCUCCCAAGUACGCCGCCAAGAUCGUGACGGUCGAGCCCGGGUCACCCUCCCGCCAGUCACGCGACUCCCUCCCGGCGGGCAAGGACCGCGAGUCGGAAAAGGAGCGCGAGCGCCGCCGCAAGAAGGAGAAGCUAGAGGAAGACCUGGCCUACGGCAAGCUCCCCGGCCCUUCCAAGUACGAAGCCCCUCCGUCCCCGCGCCCGGAGAGCUAUGGAUACGCCCAGCCGAAGCCGUGGGAGUACGCCAAGCCACCGGAGGAGCUCCGGUAUAACGCGACCCAUCUGGACGUCCACGGGCCGGGUGGGGGCCCCGGCCGCUCCCCGAGCCCCGAUCCGCCCUCGCCGAUCAAGUCGGCCAUGAAGCGCGACCGGUCACGGUCCCCCAUGCCACCGACGGCGCGCAUGUCGACCCUGAGCGUCGACACCCCUCGCCCCGCUGCCGGCCUCUCCGUCUCGGCCGCCCCGGUGUCCCCGCUGCUGGAGGCCUACCACGGCACCUGGCAGUCCCUGUCCCCCAUGCCCUCCCCGAUGCUUCCCCCGACCGCCGACCCGCAGAUCCUCGAGGCACUCUCGCCCAUCGCCUCGGACGACGAGCGCGCGGGCGACAAGCGCCGCGCCCGCCGCGCCCGCUUCAACGACCCGGCCGACGAUGCCGCCCGCCUCGCCAAGGCGCUCAAGGGCGAGAGGCGCGCGCCCGACACGGAACCCCUGAUCGAGAUCCUGCCGGGGCUCACCCACGAGCAGGUGAUGGAACUGCGCGCCGAGUACAAGCGCAUCGUCAAGACGGGCGCCGAGCGCAAGGGCGUCAACAUUGCCAAGCACAUCCGCGCCCGCCUCAAGGACGAGGACCCGAACCUGAUGAAGGUGUGCUACGCGACGGCGCUCGGCCGGUGGGAGUCGGAGGCAUACUGGGCCAACUUCUGGUACCACGGCGACAAGACGCGGCGCGAGCUGCUGAUCGAGGCGCUCAUGGGCCGCACCAACGACGAGAUCCGGCGCAUCAAGGAGGGCUUCAGAGACAAGAAGUACGCCAACAGCCUGACCAAGUGCAUGCGCACCGAGCUCAAGGAGGACAAGUUCAAGAAGGCCGUCCUCAUGGUGCUCGACGAGCAGCGCAUGGAGGAGGUGGACGCGUACGGCCGCCCGCUGCGCAUCGACUACGACCUGGUCGACGACGACGUCCGCCAGCUGCACCACGCCGUCCGCAGCGAGAAGGGCGGCGAGAGCCUCAUGAUCUCCAUCGUCACCCAGCGCAGCGACGCCCACCUGAGGGAGGUCCUGAGGGAGUACAAGGACAAGUACAGGGGUGCCAAUUUCGCAAAGGACGCCCUCAAGAAGAGCGGGAACCUGGUCGGCGAAGUGCUCGCGCACAUCCUCAACGGCGUCAUCAACAAACCGAUGCGCGACGCCAUGCUGCUGCACCACGCCCUGACGGCCUCGCGCCGCGACGAGCUCCGCCGCGAGCUGCUCAUCUCGCGGCUCGUCCGGUACCACUGGGAUGCCCAGCACAUGGCGCUCGUCAAGCGCGCCUACCGCGAGCACUACGGCCGCGAGCUGCAGGACGCCGUGCGGGAGGCGACCCGCGGCGAGUGGGGGGAGUUCUGCGUCGCCCUGUGCAUCGUGCGGAUGCCGGACGAUGUGAGGCAGGUCGAGAGGGUGGAUAUUCAUCGGUAGUCCUCUUUCCAAACCUUGAUCCAUGCUA